AUGGAGAAGGUGAACAUCGAGCCAUGUGUGAAGAUGGACACCCAAACCCUUGAUCUUCUCAAGAUAAGAGAUGAUGUCACAUGGUACAUAAGGAAGCUAGGCUUGAGCAAGCUCUUCAAGCUAGAAUGUAGUGAGUACUCACAACUCACCAAGGAGUUCCUCUCCACAGUAGCUCUUGCCUUUCCCAACCACAAUGGAGACCAACCAGCUGGUGAUGGACUCCUACUCUUCAAGAUAGGCGAUGCCAAUGGGCGCAUCUCCAUCUCAGCUCUAUGCCAACUCUUUGGACUUCCCAAUGAGACAGCACAUGACUUCAAGGAGAACUCAAAGAGGAAACAAGCUGCCUUUGCUGAUUGGACACACUUUGCCAAUGAACCAUUCUUGCCUUCAAGGUCAAAGGUGUCUAGAAUCACUCAUCCAGCCAUUCGCUAUGUGCACCGCCUCAUCUCCACCACUUUCCAAUGCAAACAAGAAGCCAACAAGACAUUCAUCAAUGUGAGGAAGCUAGCUAAAGACUUGGAAGGCAACAAGAAGCUUUGUGUUCGUUUUGGGAGGCUUAUCACGGCCAUAGUACUGCAUGUGGGGAUUGACAUUCCCAACUAUGAGCCACUACCCAAGCCAACCCCUUUGGAUCUCCAUGCUCUUCAGCACAUCCACUUCCUAAACCGUUGGACUAAAGACCCAACUCGGUUUUGCUAUGAGUUUCCAAUUGGUCCAGCCAACACUUCCCUUGUCUUGCUGCCACAUGAGACAUCCCAAGCCUACGCUCAGGAGUUUCAAGACUCAACGCCGCUCCAAGAACGCCAUGUUCUCACUACUGGCAUGGCUGCGCACCAAGCUCUAGACCGUGUUAACAAGCUGGAGAAGAUCGUGGAAUGCCAAUCUCGCUUCAUCUCACGCCUAGUCCGCGUAGUUCGCCACAUUGCACCGGAGAGACUCUUUCGCCCUUCUUCCACCGCUAGAGAGCCAUAUGAGCCUGACCUUGGUGAGUUCUCACUAGACUCAGAGCUUGGUUCAGAAGGCGAUGACCCCAUAGAUGAGGAAGAGAGUUCUUCUCACUGCCACACAUAG